AUGGAUUUACAAAGAACAUUAUUAGAUGUGGAUCGUAUUCUUCCGUUAAAUAAUUCAAAGAAAGAAACAGAUGAAACUUCAACUCCAAAAAAUGUAAGACGCAUAAUUCGUUUAAAACGCCCAUUAGGACGAUCAUUAGGAAACAAACGAAUUAUUGUAACCAAAAGGUUGCUUUCCAAAAUACCAUCACAAAAUGCUGUUUCUUUACAAACAAGGAAACCUAGUUUCGGUAGAGAUGUCAAUAAUGAAGAGAGUAGUAAUGUUUUGGAAGUCGAAUCAUUUCAUAAUUUUUUUUAUUCUACUGCUUUACCUCUGACCUUUUACACCACGUUUACUUACUUUACGACAUUUCUUCAAGGAACUAUUCCUCUUUACACCAGCAGAGAAGCUGUGCGAUCCAGUAUUAUACUACAGACACCAAGUCCUGAUAUAGUGAGCAUCAUUCAAAGUCAUUCUGGCUAUAAAACGGUUCUAGGAGAUAAGAAAAUUACACCUCUUGGUUCUAGAUCCCGUGAAGGAACAACGACUAUAGUUAAUCUUGGGUCCAGAGUUCAAGUUUUUAACAAUGAUAUUCAACGUGCAGUUUUCGCAACACCAUCUGCUCAAACAUUUGAUGAGAUGCAGACAGUAAAUUUAAACUACUUAGAUUCUAUUACUAAGACGUACUAUACAUAUUUCACUUAUUAUUACACGUUUUAUAAUAGUUUUGAGACCCAGAAGUCAACUCGUAGUGAAAUCACAUCAAGUACACUAGUACCAGGUGAAAAGUUUCUAAAAUACUCUUUUGUAAAUACGAUAGAUAGCAAUGGCUUUCUUACUGUUGAUCCAACAAACCGUGUAGUAAAUCUCGGAUCAACAGAUAUAGAUGGCACAACCACACAAAUUCAACUUGCGCUUCAAACACGCCUGAAAUUGAAUGGAAUUCAAAAUGCUGUUCUUGAGACGGACUUGUUGAUAGCCACACCAGAGCCAUCUAAAACCACUAGUACAAUUUUACCAUCAAACAACGUAAACGACGUCAUUGGCUCUUCAAAACAUGACUAUUCCUCGUUUGAUCGUGCACAGUUACAAGCGUCAUACUUUUCAGUUGAAGAUUCUAGUUUCUCAAACCAUCAUUCUCCUGUACUUGAUGCUACGCCAAAAAUCCCAUCCACAGAACAAGCAGAUGUUACUGCAUUAGCCGACAAACCUAAGGUACGUGUGGUCACAUCCAUUAUACGACGACCUUCUGGUUCUUUGAGAAGUCGAACAUUUUCCCAAAGGCCGGGUGUGCGUAUUAGAGUGAAACCUGUUACUUCAAAAGCCAGAACAACUACUGACUUCACAGGCUCGGCUCAACCUAGUACCUUAACAUAUUUAGAUUCACGUCUGAGUAGCAGUUUAUCAUUCUCAACAAACGUUCUUGUAUCUUCAUCAGAAAAUAUAUUAGCAAACGCAGAAUUGGAUGAAAAUUUAGUUAGUGAUAUUGAACAAACAUCUCCUAAUAUUGUUCCAACUCCUACAUUGACUUCAUCUUUAGAUAAUUCAAUUGAAAGCAUACCCACAUUGAUUACAUCUGAAACAGAAACAACAUCUAUGUCCAGAAAAAGAUUAAAAAUCACAGUUCGAAGACCUAUUACAGGUAUACAAUCGAGUAGAACGACUACAAGAUUUGUUCUGCCGUCUCGACUUGAUGUCACACGUCGACCUAAGUACUAUGUCGUUACUAGAACCAACCCACUUGGUAUUGUUCACCCAUCAGUAGGGCCAUAUGGCAUUAAAGUAAGUAGAAGGUUUAGACCUUCGGUUAUCAAAGAACCAAUUUUAAGAACUGGGGUUGAUGGUUACACUGACAGUUCGAGCUUACCACAAACAGUGAAACCGACUGAGGCAGUUGUGCUUACAUUCUUCACGACUACCACCUUCACCGUUCCUUAUACAGUGGGAGAUCAAACCCUGUACACAACCGUGGAGCAAACCAAUUCACGAAUUGUGACCCAGCCUGUUGGGCAAUCCUUUAAAUUUGAAGUUACGCCAUCUCUCAGCUAUUCUACAGUAUCUAGACAAAGUGUUUCAUUUGUCGACAAUCUUCUUAGUAGUUCUGCAUAUCCUAAAAUUUCAAGCUCCCUUUCUACUGAGCUAACUUCAAGUUCUUUUGUGAAACUAGAUUCAUUAUCGUCGUUUUUAAUAUCGUCAGGAACAGAGAAUACUAUACCAACGUUUACACCCGAAGAACUUAUUGAGCUUCAAAGGUCCGUCAAAAAUGCAUUGAAAGCUCCCUCUCAAUCACCAACCACCACAAUUUCUGAUGACCAGACACUUUUAAUAACCGGUGGUUUAGAUGGAUUACCGACAACACAGUUUUAUGACCCUUCGUCUACGCCCUCUGCAUUGGCCGAAGCAGUCGAAACAGUGAAUGCCAUUCUAACCGAAUCACCCGUUGUUGACAAGGUUGCUCACAACUUAGAAACACAGUACACUACUUUUACUCUUUACACAACACUUUUCUCUGGAAGCUCUACCAUUACUUCUAGUUUUGAAAAGGUGGUUUCUAACGUUAUUACUCCUUCUGCUUCAGGAGAACUAACUUCUUUCCUCACUUCACCUUCGUUUAAUACUCAAGUAUCUAAAAAGGAACUAAUAUCUGAGAAGUUUUCUAAGUUGGUAGAAACAAGUGAAGUACUCAAAACUAGCACUGUCUUUAGCACCUCCACCUUCUUUGCUACACUCUUCAAUGGUACAAGCUCAUUUGUGUCGCCAAUAGAAGACGUCCAUUCUGAAGUCUACACUAUUACUGAACUCACUACUUUCACUCGAACACUUGGUUCAACUUCUUUGCCAUCUAUUUCGGCUUCAAUAGCAACUAAAUCUUCCAAACCUGUAAUACCUACUCCAGUCUACUCCACUGUAACAGAGUACACUACAUAUACUAACUUUCUUACUCUGUUCCAAGAAGAUUCUUCCAUAAUUUCAAGCAUCGAAGAAGUUGAUUCUAAUGUAUACACCAUUACAUUGCAUGGUUCAAUUACAGAAUUAAGCACUGCAAACCCAGCGACAUCACAUAAUUCCACACAACCAAUACCUAUUAGUAGUAUAUUGGCUCCAUCCUUUAGCAGCUUCUUACCUUCAACUAGCACUUUCUCAUCUUCUGAAGACAGUUAUUUAUUACCUGCUGUGAUAUUUUCACCUGCUGCCGAAAACACCUUGAAAAAGAGCUCCACAGUGUUACCCGCAUCUAUACCUUCAUCAUCUCCCACGACAAUUGACAUUCCUGAUACAUCUACCUUAGUUAGCAGCACUUCAGAAACAACGGAAGAACCUGAAAUUGUAAUCACAAGAACCACAACUCAAACAAUUUAUUCAACUAAUACCCAUUACGUUACUCUGUUUAGUGGUACGCAAACAAUAUUGUCCUCCAUUGAAGACGUACAAUCCAAACUGCUAGCGACAACUGUCACAGAGACAAUCAGAGGUUCCAUCACCCUGAAUCCUGUUAUUACGAGCACCAUUAAUAAAAUAACAUCCAGAACAACAACUUCAGUUGCUUCUAAGACAAUCCCUACAGAAUUACUUGAAAUCUCUUACCCUAAACUUGUACCGUCUUUACAGACGUAUCUUACCACCUAUACGUACUUCACAACGCUGAAGAGUGGUACCAACACGAUUGUGUCCAGCAAGGAAGAGAUAGCAACUUCAUACAUCACUCUUUUUGUACCAGAAUCGUCUCUUAUUGAGAGCAGUGAGCUUAACGCGGACUCUAUAACCAAACCAUACGUGUCUUACAGAACCACGACGGAGUACAGCACCUACACAUUUUUCACCACCUUAUUUGAUGGUGAAGACCAAGUUACUAUUACAAAUGAGCAAGUUAUUCCGCAAGUUAAAACAUCAACGAUAACUGUAUCACCUGCAGAUUUCUCAUCCAUAACGCCAAUGACAUCGUCCGAGAGUGUAUUGACUUUUUACUCCACUUACACAUAUUAUACAACGUUUGUAACUGGAACCAAAACAACAAUUUCUUCUAGCCUAAGCUCAGUCACACAGUUUGUAACAAUGCACCCAGCUACAAGUAAGGAAAAAACAGGAUCAAGUUCCUUAUUAGUUGAGCCAUCACUUCCUGUAACUAUAGACGCUGUGUCCACUAUUACCGACUCACUAGAAACUGCGGUUAUUUUAACUAAAGCGACAACUUCAACACCUAGCACUACUAGUGCAGAAAACUUUGGAACUACUUUUAGUUCCAGUAACCCUACUUCAUUGGUUGUAAGUAGUGAAACGGCGGAAAAUUCUCCAAGUAUGGUAAGUCUGAAAGAAUCCACUUCUCUAAUAACAAGCAGUAGUGAGUUAGAAGACAUAGUAAGUAUAGUUACUAUAGUAUCCACUGCUGUUUCAACUGAAGAGGCUACUUCGGAAGUAAUAAACGCUUCUUCUACAGAAGAAGAAACUUCUUCCGUGCAUGUAGAAACAAGAAUUUCUGUUCAGACUAGUGUGUCUGUUGAUAGCAACGUAGCAUCACAUUUAGACUCUAGUGUGGCCACCAAAGUAGAGACUGUCACUAAGUUAGAAAGUAGCUCUGUUGCAAUAGCUGACGAAAAACAAAGUGUAACACCCACCUUUAAAAACGCAGAUGUGUUGCUUAUUUCUAGUAUUAAGCCUUCAGAGACUGAAGAACUGAAUAAAAGUAUUAUAUCACCGGUUCCAAUCGAGGAAAGUCCUGUUGUUGAGAUUAAAAAAAUAAUAACUACAACAGAAAAAAGUAGUGAUACUCUUUCUUUUAACAGCGGAACUUCCACAAAAAUAAUUGGUGGAUCAACUGUUGUUUUCUUUACUGAUUUUAUAUUACCGGGUCUUGAACAGCCGUCUUUGAAACUAUCUGCCACACCUUCGAUAACUGUCGUCUCAGAAGAUAAUGACUAUAAUAUUUCACUAGGACCAUCCACUUUUGUAAUUCCACCGAGUUUUAUUGAUCAGGAAACAGAUCUCGUGAGUCCAGCAGGAAACAUUUCGGAGAAUACAUCUGAAAUGGUUGUCAUUGAAUCAAGUGGUUAUGUAGAAAAUGUAAAUGAGCUUUAUCUAUCAUCAGCUAUUUUAGAUGACUUAAGAAUGCAUAGUAAAACAUCAACUGAAGAAGAAGAUGACAUUCAGUCAGGGUCAGUCAUAGAUUUGUCAGACCUUCUUGGAGGAAAUGCCAAUAUAGCUGGUAAUCUGGCAGAGGCAGUGAAAGGUAUUUUACACAAAAUUAAUAUUAAAGGAGGUGAUGCAAAUGAAACAACAGAGAAUAUCUCAAGCCUGGGAUACGACGAAAGUAAAACGGAGACAUCUAUAAGGCCUAGUGAGAGUGAAACAACAGAAAACAUCCCAAGCCUGGGAUACGACGAAAGUAAAACGGAGACAUCUAUAAGGCCUAGUGAGAGUGAAACAACAGAAAACAUCCCAAGCCUGGGAUACGACGAAAGUAAAACGGAGACAUCUAUAAGGCCUAGUGAUAGUGAAACAACAGAGAAUAUUCCAAGCCUGGAACAUGACGAAAGUAAAACGGAAACAUCUAUAAGGCCUAGUGAUAGUGAAACAACAGAGAAUAUCUCAAGCCUGGAACACGAGGAAAGUAAAAUGGAAUCAUCUACAAAACCUAUUAGUACUGUUAAAACAAUAAAUCCGACUGGAAUACUUUUAGGGACUUUUACCAACGAGAAUAUUAAUCCUAAUUUAAAAUCACAAAGCUCUGAUUUGUCAUCUUAUGAACAGAAAUCUUAUGAUAGUCAAGAAACACAAAUCUUUACAGGAAUAAAAACAAUAUUUUUUGACCCAACAGCUGUUUUUGAAAAGACCACAAAACCAACAGUUUCACUUGAUCCUUCCAAUUCCGAGUCAAGAAACGAAGACAUGCUGAAAUCGCAAGAAAGUGUUAGAACUGUUCCUGGACGUAUUUCUAGUAAGAUUGCUACGCCUGAAAUCGAAGCAGGAAUAAGUACAUCUGUAAUAACCGGUUUCAAAACUGUAUUCAUAGAGACUUCUAUGAGAGAUAUUGAAGAUAAAAACCCUUCUCAAAAAGAGAUUCAAGCAGAAUCCACAGCUCCUCUGGACAUGCUAGAUCAAGUUAGUAAGAAAAUACAGGCUUUGGAUAAAACCACAAUACUUGGAAGUAGUUCCACGCCACUCCCACUUGAUUCUGAAUCUAGUAGAAAUGAUUCAACGCCUACUUCAAAUGGGCAAAUAAUCAUAACUAAAACUUCAACAGGAGCUAAAACAAUAUUUUUCCCGUUCUUUGACAAAGAUAGUCAAGCUCCAAUGCUUCCAGAAGAAGAAGACAAUUCAAGCGCUGAUUACACACCUACAAGAUAUGUUACUAGUCUGGAGUCCUCAACACGAACGUUGAUAUUAACAACCACUAAGAUAUAUUAUACCAGAGACAGUCCACUCACCAUAACAUCUGUUUUCACUACCACAAUUCCACCACGUACUUUUGUGUCUACUUUAAUUGGUAGCAAGACAAUUCUGGGCACUUUGCUCGAGCCGACAGAGUCAGUGAAGUUUGAAAAAUCAACGUUAGCCUCAGAGUCAACGACCAAAGUUACUACAACAACACUCAUUUUUAACUCCAUCACUACAACAGUGGUUCGUACACUGGUUCUCCGAACUGAAGAUUUGAUACCAUCUACAACGUCCACCUUAACUUCAACCACUGCUGUUGUGAAUGUAUCAAAAGAAGACACUGGUACUAAAACGUUUUCAACGGAUUCGACCACAUCUAACCUAAAAGGCAGCAUUUCGACAACGGCUAGAUCAUUUGAAGCUUUCACAGAAAGAGAAGAACAGUUUAAGUCUAUAUCAAGACAGCCAAAAAUUUUAACAAAACCCGAAAAUCUGUUAGUAAAUCUCACAACUGAGCUUACAGGAUUAGUUCCUACAUUGAGACACCCGUCAAACCCACUUAUUACUUCUGACGCGUCCUCUCCGUCUACGAAACUAGCAACUUUGGAUAGAAAAGGUUCGAAGGAAGAAAGCGCACAAGAAUACUGCAUUCCUCAAUGUGAUCGAACAAAGAAAGAACAGUGUAAGAAGAUAGAAGACACUUGGUCAUGUGAAUGUGGACCAGGAUUCGCUCGGACAGAAACAUCCAUGAAAUGUGAAGAGGUGAACAGUUAUGUUGUAUUGCUACGUUUGGCGAAGAUGAAGGACUCUGCCCUUACCUACAGAAAUGAGUUGUCUAACACUGCAUCUCCAGUAUUUCAAAAACUCGCCAAGCUGGCGAAGAAAGGCGUUAGUCAAGCAUACAAAGAUUCUAGAAUCAACCAGAGUUACGUCAAUGUUGACGUAAACAGCAUUAGUAACAUCAAAAAAUUGAAUAUGUCAAACCACAUGGACGAAGGUGUUCUGGUGAACUUUACAGUUCGUGUUAAACGUAAUUCUUUAACUGACGAGAAACUCUUGAAGGAAGAGCUCUCUCGUUCUAUCGCAGCGUCCAACUACAGUGUUGGAAACACGGAACUUUAUGUCAGUCCUUUGGUACAAAGUGUGGAAAACGUCCAAGAUUUUGACGAAUGCUCGGAAGGUUACAAUGACUGUGCAACAACAGCUUCGUGUAUUAACCAACCUGGAACAUUCACGUGUCAAUGUAAGAAGGGGUAUGAAGACCUUGAUUCCGACCUACCGGGACGUAUAUGUUUAGGUGAGAUCAAAGGCUGCGAUUAUUGUAACGGUCGAGGGGAUUGCAUCAUGGCCGAUGGAGGUGCUAGAAUUUGCAGUUGUCAUCGAAUGUAUUUCGGUAGGCGAUGUGAGGUCAAUGGCCUUGUGUUAGCCAUCGUUCUACCCGUCGCUGUCAUCUUGCUUGUUCUACUUAGUUGUUGCUUGCUGUAUUGUUGUCGAUGUUGGCGCCACCAACGUCACAAAAAGGCGGAAAAAAAAGCCAUGAUACGAGCGAUGGGAAUGAAUAACGGAAGCCCUGUUGAAGGCAUCGUAGAUAAAAAAGCUAUGAUCCUGGAUUCCUCUAGUGAUAUCAGUGUUGAUCAUGGUAUUCGUCACCCAUACAGUUUCGACGGUCCUUAUCAGCUGGAAGACAGUACCUUACCGAAGAAGAGCAGUGGAAAGAGUGAACUUAGUCUAGACCGGAGUCUGUCUACCGGUUUUGCCGUCUCACCAAUGGUCAUUCCUCGCGCCAAACACCACGCCCAGCACCUUCCCAAACAGCUAAAUUAUGGGGUGUAUCAGGGGCAGCUAUACGCUUGGUGAAGCAGACUCGUAAAGAUGUGUACAAGUCCCUCCAUAUUGUGCAGGCUGCUUCCUCGAGUUGAAAAAAAAAUGUUCAGCGUGAUGUAGUUCAAACAUAAUGAGGUAGUGUUUGCAAAGCGUGCAGCUAUUGCAUAUAUAUAUAUAUAAACCACAUAAGGUACUCAGAUCUUCAAUGUGAACAGACUUGUAUCAUAUAAAUAUUUGUAUAAAUGAUCCGGAACUUGGACAGAAAAACAUUCGAUGUUCCGAUUGUAUCAGACAAGUAACGCCAUCUAUCUAUAUGAUUUUUUAUAGAGAAAAGUAGAUAAUGUUUGGUAAGUUGAAUUAUUCAGUGCCACAAUUUUUCUUUCACUAAUUUUAACAACCAGAUCAGGUUUUCAGGUUCUUUCUUUUAGAUAAUAAGGAUUACAGCAAUUAACGAAGAAAUUUAGU